CUCCUACUCCUACCAGCUCGUCUGCUGGUCCCAGGUAGGAGCAGUUAAAUGCUUCCAAAUGGAAUCAGAGAGACUCGUGGGCAUAUUUCUGAUCCAGAAGAACGCCAGGCCUGCCCUGGAAUAUGCUGAACUGGCCAGACUCCCCUCUUAGAGAUUUAAGCACAGAGUGUGAGCACAGCAAUAUGGAAACACAUUUUUCUUUGUUCUUGGGCCAGGAAGGAACAAAGAACUGCUUGAAAGUUCUUAAACCGGGAUUUACUUGGAAUUUGACUGAAUGCUUCAGCUGACCAAACCAGGAAGGUCAGUCCAGUUCCAGACCUCUAAAGUCCUUUCCCCGCCUCCUUUCUCUGGAGAUGGUCAUUGUUUGCCUUAAAGAACAUGUGUUUGCUUUAGAGCCACUAGCACGGACUAUCUAUGGAGGGUCGUGCCUGUGAUAUGCAGCUUUUCCUGGGGAUGUUUUUGAUUUCUGCAAGGAUUUUUAUUCUUGGCACUGCCCUGCAUUAGUAUGGACAGGGUGAUUUUCUCCAAGGGGCCUCCGAGCCCAGAAUACUGUCUCUCUGGAGUGGACUAGUUGCCACAAGACGAACAAGCAUGCAGGCAUCUUGCGUCCCUGUCUCCCAGCAUGUGAUUCUGGAGGAAAGGGAACUGGCAUGGCACGGAUUCCGUCGCUUCCUCCUCUGUGAAUUUGUUUCAUCCCCUCUGGAAACUCUCCAAGUUGCUCCCCAGACCUGUUACGCCUCAGCAAGGUGGCUGUGCCCUGGCCCAUCUUCCCCUGCUCCCAAGUUGCUGCAACAACGCGAAAGAGCGAAACAGAAACCAUUCCCUUUUCUCUUUCUCUGCAGCAUCAAGAUCACUUUUUAUAUUUAAGCUGAAAUAUCCCAACCGUCGUAACUGUUCCUUAAAGGUGAAUUGCUCCAGGCCUCCGAUUGGGGUAGGCCCCUGUGCUGGCUGGGGAUGAUGAGGCUUGUAGGCCGCGACACCUGCAGGGCCACAAUCUGCCCACCCGUAGGAGCUGCUGAAUUACAGGCCCGUCCCUGCUGCCUGGGGAAGCACGUUUAAUAUCUCACUGAAGGAUUGCAGGAAAACGUUUCUUGCGGACGGAGCUGGUUGGCAGAAAGACUGCAGCAGUUUACGUGUAAUCUGGGUCAAGUUAGGAGACGGAACAGCAGACAGAACAGCCGCAGUCAAGCCUGAUUAUUCCAGGGUCGGCAUUUUCAAAAGCCCACUGACCUUUGUGCCGCAGAUGCUGUUCUCCGUCCCGUAGGGGCGAUCCGAGAAGAAGGCACGGGGACGCGAACCGGAUCAUGGGAAGAUGGUCCAGCAGGCAGAGCUGGCACCGCCUCAUGGUUCCCCAUGGAGGGGAGGUUCUGCUGCCGCCACACUCCCUCCUCCACCCGCCUGAGGCAUCCUGUGCCGUUCUCUGGCUUCCGUCUGCCGAUGCGAGUCCUGAGGCUCAGGAUGAGGGAUGAAGGACGGGAACCUUAAGCUAAUUCGGGGGGCUCAGCCACACCGCGUCGAGACUCCUACCAUUUUGACUUCCGUGCUUAUGUUACGCCGAUCAAGGCUCCAACCUAAACCCAGGACAGCGAAAUGAAAAACAACAAGAGCCCACAUGCUGUCGUCCUCGUGGUCUUGUUUGGUCUGGUGACGCUGCUGAUUAUCUACAACUCCAACAACCGGAACGAGGUCUUCCAUUAUACUACCUUCCGGGCGAAGCCCUACCUGCCUUCCAACCUCAAGAACUGGGGCGUGAAGAAUGGGUACCUCCCGGUCUCUAAAAACAAGACUUUGGACCGCCACUGCCACCAAUGUGCGAUUAUCACCAGUUCCAGCCACCUUCUCGGGAGCAAACUGGGGGCCGCCAUCGACCGGACGGAGUGCACGAUCCGCAUGAACGACGCACCCACCACAGGCUAUGCAGCGGACGUGGGGAACAAGACGACCUUCCGGGUGGUGGCGCACUCGAGCAUCUUCCGGGUGCUGAAGAGACCUCAGGAGUUCGUCAACAAGACUCGGGAGGCCGUCCUCAUCUUCUGGGGGCCCCCGGUGAGGAUGCAGAAGGUCUUGAUCAAAGUCAUCCAGCGGGUCAGCUUGUCCUAUCCCAACAUGUCGGCCUUCGUGGUUUCCCCCAGCCGCAUGAAGCAGUUUGAUGACCUGUUCAAAAUGGAGACAGGGAAGGACAGGGUGUCUUCCCGCUCAUGGCUGAGCACGGGCUGGUUCACCAUGGUGAUCGCGGUCGAGCUGUGUGACAAGGUCCACGUUUACGGGAUGGUCCCCCCAAACUACUGCACCAAGAACCCUCCGCCCCGCAGGAUGCCCUACCACUACUACGAGCCGAAGAGCCCGGACGAGUGUGCCACGUACAUUCACAAUGAGCGGAGCCGCAAGGGCAACCACCACCGCUUCAUCACGGAGAAGCGGGUCUUCCGCAAGUGGGCGGGCCUGUACAACAUCACCUUCUCCCACCCGGACUGGGACUAGGCCCGAGCGCGGAGGCUGCGGGACGGGGACAGUGUGCCGAGGCGGGUUCGCCCCCUCGCCGCGCUGGCGCCUCGCCUGAGCUUCCGGGGCCAUUUGUACAUUUCACACAAGGCCGAGCUGGGCGAAGGGCAUGGUGGGGUCUCCAGGGCCUUCCACCACGGAGGGCCUCGGCUCCCAGCACCCGUGCGCUCUCGGCCUCGGACUGCCGGAAGGCCGACCGCUCCCCUUCGGAGGCUCGCUGGCACCAGCUGCUGAAAAGGCCUCGGCUGGGCAUCCGCCCCACCUCUGCCCCACGCGAAGGACCUGGGCAUGCAAGAGCCCCCUUGCGGAUCGACCCGUCCAAAUGGGAGCAGCUCGUUCAUGAGAACCCACAAGUGGGAAAAGCACACGCGGUGCCCCCCCCCUCCCCUGGGCCCCAGACACACUGGCACCGCCGGCCCUCCUCCCCAUGUCAAUGGAUCCCACCUCCCAUCAGCCACAGCCACUGCCCCUACAGGCGCGGAACACUGGGAGUUACAGUCCAAUGGUCUCCGGAGGGCUGCAGGGUGUUCAGUCCCAUUUGUAAGACAGUAAAAAGGUCACAGUUUGCUCGGUACGAUGGCCUGUUUCUCUUCUCGCCGGUGGGCUCCUUGCUGCUCGGCAUCAGACACGCCCCCUGCCCCCGGCAACCCCGAUGCGGCCGGAUCCUUCCUGUACUGGAAAGCCAGUGCACCCCUCUCCCAUCCUGUAGGAAAGCCCCACUUCGAAAGUGAUGUUCUUUCAGCUGCACACUCCCCCACGGAUGGUUAUGGGUCCCCCCCACCCAUAACCCCCCCAGUGCAACACCAGCCUCUGAGCAAAAUAAGGAACCUCAACAUGCAAAAGCAGCACAGUUUCUGCCCCGAGAGUCCAAAUUCCGUGGUUAACACGGAGAGUGGAAAUCGCUCCAAAAUGUGGCCAACGGACACUUCAUUCUGAUCCUCCGCCUUUGGGACGCAGAAAACCCAUGUGCCACUCCUGCACCGAGCCCAGAACGUUCUUAAUCUCACAAUCUGGUUACCUGUGGUUGCAAAACUGGAUUUAAAGGAAUAAUUCCAAUACGCCACUGCCUUCCAAGACAAUCUCACUAAGCGUUCAGCCCUACUUCCGAUUGUGGCACUCGUGGCUUCGAAGCCCACGGUGAACAGUUCUGCAUCUUGUUUCUCGUGUCUUCUCUUCUGAACUAUUUAAUCCAGAACAAUUACUGCCAUGGGGCAGUUCUUUGGUUGGGUUUGCAGCAUCUCAUCGAUUAAUCUGUUUGAGUAAUCCCGUUUUUAAAAAAACUUUUAAUAAACGUUGAAUUGACUAAAA